UCGCUCUUUUAGGAAAGUGUACUCAUGGCGUCCGGUGUAGCGUGUUUAGCGGCGGCUUUUAUUUAGGAGUACGGAUUCGUUUUUCGGUGUAAUUCGACGCGGCGUCCCCGUGCUGUCGACAUGCCGCUGUUCGGCAAAAAGGAUUCGCAACGAAAGAAGGACAAAGACAGUGUCAGUGUCGAGGAUAAAUAUGAGUUCAAGGAUCUGCUCGGAACUGGGGCAUUCUCCCAGGUUGUGCUUGCGGAGAGUAAGGACACGCCAGGAGUCAUGCACGCCAUCAAGUGCAUCGACAAAAAGGCCCUCAAGGGAAAAGAGGACUCUCUCGAAAACGAAAUUAAGGUUCUCAGAAGGUUGAAGCAUCCAAAUAUAGUACAGCUUCUGGAAACAUAUGAGGACAAAAACAAAGUCUACCUCGUUAUGGAACUUGUUACAGGGGGCGAGCUUUUUGACCGCAUUGUCGAGAAGGGGAGCUACACAGAGAAGGACGCCAGCGACUUGAUACGGCAGAUUCUUGAAGCUGUAGACUACAUGCAUUCACAAGGGGUUGUCCAUAGAGACCUGAAGCCCGAAAACCUGCUGUACUAUAGUCCGGAUGAGGAGUCCAAGAUAAUGAUCAGCGAUUUCGGGCUUUCCAAGAUGGAAGACUCUGGAAUCAUGGCGACGGCAUGCGGAACCCCCGGAUACGUCGCUCCAGAGGUUCUAGCUCAGAAACCUUACGGAAAAGCUGUCGAUGUCUGGUCUAUAGGAGUUAUCGCCUACAUUUUGCUUUGUGGCUACCCGCCGUUCUAUGACGAAAGUGACGCCAACUUGUUUGCUCAGAUAUUGAAAGGAGAGUUUGAGUUCGAUUCACCUUACUGGGAUGAAAUCUCGGACUCAGCGAAGGACUUCAUCAGGCAUCUAAUCUGCGUGGAUGUGGAGCGAAGAUACACCUGCAGACAGGCACUUGCCCACCCUUGGAUAUCUGGCAACACGGCCAGUGACAAGAACAUCCAUGGCUCCGUCAGUGAGCAGCUGAAGAAGAACUUCGCCAAGACCAAAUGGAGGCAAGCUUACAACGCAACAGCGGUAAUCCGGCAGAUGCGGAAGCUCGCCAUGAGCAGCACGGGGUCGUCCCAAGAUGGCGGUGCCCCCACGGAUGCGUCCACUAGCGGACGGCCCCUGGCGGCGGCCUCGUCCACGGCCGCGGUGCCCGCUAACUCCGAAUGAGUCUCCUCCUCUCCACCGGCCACACUCUCUCUCUCAUUCCAGACUGCUGUCGCCAUCUCACAUUCACUCUCGUCAGCCCUUUCCCACUUCAUGGUUCCUGUUCUGUUCUUUGCUGCAUUUGACUGUGUUUUCUUCGCAUCUCAUGUGUGUGCGCGUACAAGAAGUUGAGUGAAUGCUGCUUUUGGUUGAUAAUUGUCACGCAUGUGUUCUUGUCACGUGGAUUGUUCUUGCAUUGCAUCAACCUUUGCAGAAGUUGACCAGUGGGGUUUAGACCUAAAGGGGCCCUGCAGCUCACUGAAGCAGCUGCUUCCUUGCAUAUUUAGCCCUUCUUCUGCUCUCGUUGCUUCAAAUGUGCAUCAAAUUGGGCUCGGCGGGGCAGGCGCUAUGCCUACAAUACCUGCUGCAUCAUCUUGGCUGUCUCUGAACCUUUUUCAACGGCACAGCUACAAAUGUGCUGCAAUCUCAAUUGAAGAGCGAGACUCUACAGUGGUGGAUUUCUUCUCAGCUGUCCACCUGCGCAAGUGACGUGUUGACAAAAGAUAGCGAAGAAUUGAAAUGCAGGGGAAGGGCAAAUGCAAUGCGUUGCAGGGCUCCUUUAAGUACAGGGUGGUUCAGUAUAAAAUAAAACUACCGAUUGAUAUUGAAUCGACCAUUACUGCACCAGUAUCUGCUCAUACCUUGUUUGCUGAUACUUGCUAAGUAUUUCUCCCGGUGAACAUUCUGUAAGGUGUUUCUUUUUAAAUUCUAGGGUAAAAACCGAGAGAAGGAGGCAGGGACUAACACAGAUGUGCGUUGCCUUUCACAUAGGUUCCUCGCUGUACAGUCAAAAGGUUGCAGACCACGGGAUCUGAGAAAACAAUGAAUUUCAGAGUGGUUUGUGACUGUAGCCAGCAAAACCGUUCAACACUGUGUUGCACAUACUAGUGCAGGGUAAGAAACUGCAUACCAAGCAGCGGAAAUGUUCAGCUUUCUUUAGGUUUCGCAGUCCAUAGGCUUUCGACGUCGACUGUACAUACUAUAUAUGCGCUUCACUGUGAACCUCUUCUGUUGCCCACCUUUUCAAAGCAUAUUGUAGUGUUUUCUUUUUCAUGUGCGCCGUGAACUGUGAUGCCCCCAUCAGCUAACUCACUUGUUGCUUAAAAAGGGAAAUGCUACGUUAAACUAGAUUUUACCAUACGUUUUUGUAGCUGCAAGUAGGCAAGUAAGUCUUACCAUGACGGGUCGCCUGCUAAGAGAGAAAUUAGAGCAAAAAAAUCUUUCACAGUUGUAUGCCAGUCUGACUACUGGUGCAUCAAAGUCAGUGAAGCUGUGUUCGGAAAUAUUAGCGGUGUGUUUGCGUGCCUGCAGCCAUGCUUGAAUGUAUCGGCAGUUGCUCCUGUGUUCAAGCACGAUUGUGGCUGGCUGUUCUUAACGAUGGAUCUCAUGAAGAUUGCGUCGCAGUGUCAGUGCGACAGCUUUCACCGCUGAAGCCAUACAAACUUGCCUGACCUCCACCGUGGAGCCAGCAUAAUGUAAUGUGAGAAACUAAAGUUGCGAAUUAGUACUGGUUAAAAACACUGUGCACAGAAGUUGUGGCCCUGAAUGCUGUAAGUUAUACAAUUCCUUGACAUUUCAGUAGUUGGAGUUAACAUCGUGAAUAAUUGUGGUGCUGGGAUGGUUUCGUAUGCACAUACCAUCCCCCCCCCCCCCCGGCCCCAUCUAUUUGGAAGUUUGUGAUACUCCCCAGCAAGAGAUGUGGAACCACUCUUUAAGCAAAUUGCAUCAUUAUUUGUCGCAUACAAAGAUUGAAGCUGAAAAAAUUGACUGGGAUAAUACCACAGUUUAGGCAUCUAUGGUUUCUAUGUUGCUUGUGAAUGCUUGUUUCUUAUCACUCUAGAGCGCUCAAGUAUCAGAUUUCUUUGUCAUCUACCUCACACCUGUGUGCAUUCACAUCACCGUCAUGAUGUUAUCCGCAUCCUGCCUGUGUCAUCUUUUCUUUAGGCGCUAUUGGAAAGGUGCCCUGAAAUGCCUUGUCAGCGGGUGUAAAAUAUGCAGCAGUGUUAGUUGGGGUGCACUGUCCAAGGUGCAUUAUCUGGAAUGAAAAGUUGUUAAAGAUGCAAAAUGAUGUGGGAAAAUGUAUUAGGGGGUCGACUGUUGCUUUCCCUCCUUCUAUUGCCAAAUGAGCCGUUCCCUACGUUUGGGCUGUCAUGCCUUGCUGCAUGCUUGUUUUGUUUUUUAGACAGUGUACGGCUCUCUCCUUGAUUCAUGCGCAUUGUCCGAUUCAGCAUGGUUUAAACGUUUCCAUGGCAACUAGCAAGCCAUGGUAAUUAAAGAACCUGACCCAAGCAGUGCUGUUAGGCGUGUGCUGAAUCGAAGGAAAAGCCAAAGCCAUUACAGUUGAACCUCGAUAUAACGAACCCAAAUAUAUAACAAAUUAUUAGAUUUAAUAAAGUAAAUCUGACAUUUUCUUGCUAAUGUCGGCAUGUAAUGAAUACUUGCUUAUAACAACUAUUGAUAUGACGAAGGUAUUUUCGUGUUAAGUGUGGCUUUAUCAUGAGGCGACUUGACUGUGUCACAGCUGGUCACCUUCAGGCACAGUUGAAAGUCCUUCAGAAUUGUCCCACAACUUUGGCCAGGCUUUUGCAAUUAUACAGAGCACGCACAUGCAUAAAGUUUCCUACAGAAGUUAAUAGAGAGAGCUGUGGCACUGUGAUGUUUCAGCUACCAUGGGAAAGCAGGGUGGUGCAUAAAUUCGUCUAGUCUUCUUGUGGCUUCAGUCAUUCUUGUGGUGUUAUUUAUCACGCUUUUCUAAAGCUCCAAGGAACCAUAUUUUUCAAAAUGUGUGAAUGCAAUAAGUUCCUGUGCUAGUGCAUAACCGUAGCAUGUUGUUGCUUGUGUAAGACGUCUUGUUGAAAACGACAAAAUUGCAGAAUCGCAGGCCAUUUAAAGCUAGAGGGGUGAAGUUUAGGCAAAUUUGUGUAUUGCCAUGCUGGCUGAACUUCCAUACUUGUGGUUGUGAGAGACACUACUGCGCGGGUUCCCCUUAAUAACUUUGGUAGAAAACUCGAUGCUGGCCUUAGUAUGGCGCUCGAGGACACGCAAGGCCCAUGGAAAUUCUGUGAACAUUGUUGUGCCACAGCCAAACAUUGUAGCGUUUGUAAAAUGGCCAUUGAAAUGACUGCAGAAGCAACAUGUGAAGGUCCGAUGCUUUGAAAUGAAAUUUAUCUGUGUCAGCGAGUCUUGGAGCCUUGUUUUUUUUUUUUUUUUUUGGAAGCUCCCCUUUCAUCGUUCCUAUGCCAUGCGGACUGUUUUCGGCUCCCCUUGUCUGCAGUACACAUUGUCAUGUCACCACUUGUGUCAUGCUGUCCAACCACGAUGACCUGUCUUGUCGUGGCCACAGGUAGACGGUGUGUCGUUCAUAGUUGUUGUCGAAGGGGAAAAGACAUCAACACUUAUUUUACCCCCUUUUUCAUUUGCAAUUUGUACUGUUGGCAGUAUAAGAUCAUGUGGCACUUGAUUGAGCUUACUUGGUUCAGCUGUUCGUUAUAGUACCUAGUUUCAACUGCAACGGCAAGCUGUUGUAGGUGGCUUUCCGGUGGGCUGGAGUUCCUCUUAGAGAGAUUGCUAGGGGCUCUGAUUUCUCUGUUUGGUCGCACCACUCAUAGGCUUUGGGCAAAAGCCAAGCAAGGAAAAUAAAGAACAAUCAAAUGGCUUACAGAUGCCUAUCAGUGUAUGUUAGUUGCUGUACAUUAGUACAGCACUUAGUCUAAAAGGGAAACAUUGUCAUCCACCUGACAGUACCACGUAGCGACAAAGGAGACCUGUAAGGAUUUUCUUUGAAACUCGUAUUGGAUAUCCUUUGUAGGCAUGGGCUGCCACUGGGUAAAUGACAGUCUCUUUCCUUUCAUGAAAUCUCCUCCAACGUGCAGAUUUCUGCAGAACCGAGUUCAUGUAUUCAGUUUCUCUAUUCGAGUUGUCGGUAGAUUUGGCCCCACUCUGCAAUCUGCUAACCUCCUCUUUAGUUCAGAUGGUAGAGAAAAUGCGCUGGAAAGGUGUUGGUCCUGGAUUCGAUUCCUAGAUCAGGAUUAAUUUUUCUUCAGUUGCAACGCCUUCUUUUCUUAGAAAUCUGUAUGGGUUUCCUUUGUAGCUUCGGGCUCGUGUUGGGCAGAUGACAAAUCUUUCCAUCCAUGAAACUUUGUCACCCUCGUGGGAUUCUGCAGAACUCAAUUGCCAUGCUUGCCAUAAUCGUAGUCCAUGACUGCCCAUUAUGUGCGAUGAAGGUUUACAGCACCUCCCUCCUCUUUCCCCCACCUCGGCAAAGGCAGGUGGACGCACAGUUGCAUUUCUCCAAGGGAGACACAUGCCUUUUCUUCCUCAUCGAGUUCCUUUUAAAUUAUGCAUCAGCCAUCCACUUCUCUUUGGUGCAGUUACAUAAAGCCUUUCUUGUCGGUGCGAGAAUGUUCCCUGGCCGAAGUGAGUGUUUGCCAACAUCAUCAUUGCCUCGUCAUGUUGACACUCAUCUGAACUUUUGCUUCUUGUGAGUGGAGAGGUGGCCGUCGUUUCUCUAAGACAAAUAGGGAGUCUAGCUUGGCAGCAAUGUGAUAUGUGCCAAACAGGAAGCACUGUGGCAUACGUGUUCACACAGCCGUGUUUCUUGGACGGACAAGCGGACGGAGUCGACAGAGGGCUUGGAUGCCAGUCUUUGCAGGUUUCUAAGAAAACGUCGAGGAGAAGGAGGAGCUUUUCGUCCCACGCUCGCGGUUUUCUUACGCACAUUUGCGCGACAUUCUGUAUUCUUUUCUUCUUUUUCCAAUGUAUAUUCUGAUUACGCUUCACUUGCAUCUCUAGCACACUCUGCAAAGCAUGUUCCGAUGAUUUCACCUUCGUGUGUGUCACUGAUGGCAUCCCGUUUCUUCACGUGUUUCUUGCACGCGUAUAAAGAACACUCCGAAAACUGGUGUGCGCUUCAGGAGGAGGGUUCACACUUUUUCCCUCGCAUGUGUUUCAGCAGUGUUUUACAGAAGCGGAUAGGACUCUGCGCACUUGUCUUGGAGCCCUCGUAAGAAAUUUGGUGUAGGAGUAACCAGUGGCUGUGUUUAAUUUUCUAAACACGAAAAGAAGAAAGAAAAGGAAAGGUCAGCUUCAGAAUUUUUUUUCUUCCUUUCUUUUGCUUGAAGUGCGGUUUCAUUUCUCUAUCCGCUUCGUCGAGGCUAAGCUUUCUUAGGCGCUUGUUCUGAAAGCAUUUUUGUCUAGACGUCCUAAACGGCCCUUUUGUUCUGGUGGCAGGCUUUUUUUAUUUCUUUAUUGUUGCCACCCAUUGGGUAUGGGUAGCCCACAAGCCCUUUCUUGUUCCACAAUGCCGCCGGCGUUUGCAGCGGCGGAGCAAGAAAGGAAACAGUGUCGAACACACAACCUCGGGGAGCGCUCACGUAAGCCCCUGGCAAAACGCAAGCGGCAUGCCGACCUUUUUAUGCAGCCCAUUCUUGUCGUCAAAACACCUGACACCACGCGCUUAUGCGUGAAUGACCCUAGCGAACACUUUGGGGGUGCCAAUACUGCCAAUUCAAAAAAAAAAGAUAAGAAAGAACGGGUUGCAUCCUUUGUCUUUAAAAUGCCCUGUUAGCUGUUUGCUGUCUGAAUACGAUAUCCGGCUUCUAAAUCAAGCAGGCUUCAAGUUGUAUCAUGAACUCUGAACAGUGCAGCAAAAUUGACCGUUGUUGCAUUUGUCGGCACUGCUUCUACAUUUUACCUUGCACUUAAGACGUUUUCAACAAAGUGAGUCGGGCAUAACUGCCGCUGGAACAAGCUCAGUAGGUUGGUAACUAGCAAUACAGUAUUACAUAACAUUUAAUGUAGAGGAGGAUGUCUCAAAAUUAAACCAUCUGAGGGAGGGGGGCUCUGAAAAGUAAAUGGACAAAUGGAGUGCAUGAAUAAUUCGGCAGACACGUGAUGCCUGGCGUGCAUUGAGUAAAGUUUCGUAGUUAUGACAUAGUUGAAUUGCACUGCGUAAGAACUGUCCUGUGAUAAAGGCAACACCUUGAAAAAGAAUUAAUGGAGGGUAGGCUAACGAGGGAUGCAUGAAAAACAUGGAGAAAGCUUUUGGCCCGAGUUGAGAUGUUAAGUACAGUGGAGAGAAGGUUAGCAUCAGAAAUCUAAAAAGAAAAAGAAAAGCUGAGAAUUUGUAAAAAAUAGUUUAGACAUAAAAUAAUUUCUCAAUUGCAGCGAAAUAGUGAGAACUGUGUUUUCAAUAGUCAAAGGUAACUAAUUCCAAAGGCAUAUUGUUGAGGAUGACAAAUAGAUGUGAGAAAAUGUUUAGCAAAAAAUUCUUGCCAGUAAUGAAUACAAUUGUUCCUCAGACCCUUGUUUUUUUUUCUUCACUUUUUGCAUUUGAAGGGCAUUACAUUCAUAUGCAAUAGGAAUUUAUUUUUUUUUUGCUCAGAAAGGCUAGCAGAAGCUCGUAAGAGACUCGCAGCUUGCCAACAUUCCGAAAGCUUACUUAAUAAAGGUGCAUGAACGGCGGCCAAAGUAACGACCAAUUGCUUAGUUACUUUACGUAACUAAUUGCUUAGUUAUUUUUCGUAACUAAACAGGUUUCCUGUCCUCCGGGCAGAUGAAAGCUUUCCACCAGCUGUAAGGUGCUUGAUCGUUGUGGUUAUAGUACAUAUAAUAAUAAUUAAUGCCUCACAAGUAACGAACAUAGAUAUGGUGGGUUGGGAAAUCCUAGCCUGUGUUGGCACCUUGAAAGUGUUCGCUUGCUACCCUCGAAGUAUAGUAUAUUCUACCGAGCGUACAAACUAUUGCCACUAUGCACGAUUUCCUUAAGUUUCGGUGCGGUUCAGUCGAAUUGAACACAAAACAGGAUUAUCCUGAACGUAGAUCUUGCUUGCUUGCUUCUUAUUAUUUGUAUGCCUGCGUGCUGCAAAGUACGUUUCAGUUCUUACCGUAAAUUCGCUGCGUUACCUGGGCCGUUUCAAAUUGGUGAGAAACGAUUCACAUAGCGUUUCCUUCACUUUUACCUGUAUUUGUGUGUUCGUGGGUGCUUGCUUUCAGAAUAAUAAUAAUGACUAAAUAAAAAGUGGCAUGUACGGCUUUGCAGAGAAUUGUACAGCAAUUACCCAGCAGGUGAGGCGUACGACAACCCCUUCCCUUUGUUCCCACACUGUACCAUACAUCUGUGCGAUGAUGUAAAUAGCUUUGUUUCUGUUUCUUCUUAUUUUGUACAUGUUGAAUACCGUGCUUUGAUAAGCACUUUGAAGUUACCUUUGAUAGGACCCAUUGCUUGUCGCAUAAAGCCUUCAUCUAUUCUUUUCUCUGCUUUUUUUUUUGUAGCACUGCAUAAUAAUUAAGUAGAUGGCAGAGACAGCUGUUGCGUGUUUUUUCAUUUUGUGCGUUACUGUACGCACAUUAUAUUUGAUAGCUGGCCCUUGCUUAGCAUUGCUCGUUGCUGAAGAAAUCCCCUAGCGAAGCAAUAAGUGUGCACCAUGUAAUUGACAUAGGCUUUGCGUGUUACAUAUGCUUAUAAUGUUGUAGCCGAAUACCCCAAAAUGAGAAAAAGUAUGACAUGUAUUGUGCAGAUUAUGAUGCAGCACACAAUGGAAACAUGCUGUACAUAAAAUGGUAUUAAUGCUUGUCCUGCUCAAACAUGAUGACAUGCCCAUUUUUGCGUGGACAUUUCUUACUGAGGCUUUCAUUGUCUAUUUCUUUUUCCCAUAAAUUUUUUUUCAAAGCAUUUUUUCUCGUAGACGAUAAUUUUGUAUGCUAGCAUGCCAGUUGUUUGAAUAUGGAAAGGGAACACUUGAUCUAUACUCAAGCAAUGAUUAGUGUCUCACUUGUAUAAGGUUUGACCCCCUAACUGCUGAAGUGCUUGUUGGAAGAAGCUUGUCCUCAUGUGUUUUUUUUUCUUGGUUUUUCAUAAGGACAUUUGAUCAAGUGCUCCCCAUUACAUAUUCUUCUCUGCUGUACACUGAGAAAAUAUUUCCAAUGUGUUCUUCAUCAAAGCCAUGCUUUGCUGGUAACCUCAUUUGCGAAAUAACUGAAUGCCCUGUUCAGUUCUGCAAUGUGUAUGUCAGCUGUGUGAAUAUCACAUUCGAAUUUGGUCACAAAGCAUAGCCUGCAUUGAGGGUCUAACCCUCCUCAAAGUGUUCACUUUAUAUUUUAAUUGAAAGUUGCAUUUUCUUGUUGCGAGGGUGACGCACAACACCUGCGAGGCACGCUUGUUUUGAUUCACUAGUCACGGGUUUCACAGUGCAUAUGAUGUUCCGAAGGGCAAGUAGCACUGUCCUUAUGGUAUCGCCAUUGCUUCUUUUUUUGUUUGCUGGACAAGAAAAUUGUGCAUGAGAGAUGUGCAACUUUGUGUCAAGAAACUUGAUCAACUUUUACCUACCCUUCCUUGAGCCCUCCCUCCCAUAAGCCUCGUUACUGUUAUCAUUCCGGCACAGUUCUCACAUGUCCUUUAAGAAGACUGGGGCUCAUAUAGGAGCAUGACUCGUUGCUUGCCAACGUGUUUCAAGCACGGUUCAAAGUGCCGGAGAGAGUCGUCCAUGUGCAUCUACAGUCUAGUUCAUUGUUGAAGGGAAUGUGCAGUAAUCCACCCCCAUCAUCGGGCUUGUAUAGCUACAGGUCGGCAGGUGUACUGACAUUCUCCACGUGUGGUUAAGGAACUGAUGUCGUCUGCCGUAGGUCGUCUGGUGAAUACGCUAGAUCAUUUGUGCGUGCCGCAGAGGGGUGUUCACUUGUGCCCUUCAGCAGUGAAACUCGCUGUAUGGUUUCUUUGAAAUACUGCCAUACUAUAAAGGGGCCCUGUGACUGGCUAACUAAAUUUCUAGUUACCUCUCAUAUGAAAGUGCACUGGCUCACGAAGACUCCCUUUUGCAAAAACUUGCCGGAGGUGCUUUGCAGGAAUAACAUCACUAGAAACCUGAGCUUACUGUGGUAGCCCAGUGACCGUGGCGUUGCACACGCUGCUGGGAUCGGGAUUGCGAGCUUGAUCCUAGCCGUGGCUACUGCAUUCUGAUAGGAGUGUAGCGCAAAAACGCUUGUGGACCAUGCAUGGGGUGCACAUUAAAAAACCCUAGGUGGUCAAAAUUUAUCCAGAGCCCCCACUACAGCAUGCCUCAUGAUGUUAUUUGUGGAAUAAGGAAUAAGGUUAUUUUAAUUACAUUUGCCCUCUUCACUACCCGAAAGCAUUUCCUUGAAGGUGUUUAGUUCCUUUCUGUAGUUCUGGAAGUGCGCUGUUUGCAUCAAAGGCUCCCUGCCAACAAGUCCUGUCUCGUGCCAUUCAUUGCUUCUUGGAAUUUGUGGUAUGGUGGAGACGUUUGUGCGGGGAAACACUCUGCUGAGUAGCUCAAACAAAACGGGUUUGCAGGGAGACUGAGACUUGUGGUCGAGUGGUCAAACAGGUGAUGUCUCAGGUAGCUGGAGCCAACGUUUAGCCAAAGGGACUUGUCUUUAUUGGAGCAACAACAGCUUCAUACUGCGAGGAAUUGUUGCCCUGACGUAGGAGACAAGCUCCUUUGUCGAAACAUUGGAUAUAGCUGCCCGAGACAUCCCCUAUUCAACCACUGAUGAUCACGCAAUCAUAGGUCGCUACACUGUGCUCUCUCUCCUGUUAUUUUUUAUGCGUGUUGGAUUUUUGACAUGCAGUCUAUUAUGCUUGUUUGAUUUGACUUCUCCAGUUCUCCUGCCUUUUAUUGUUUCCUUCACUUCUUUGCACACUGUGGCACCAGUCAUUCAAAACAUGUAGAAAACAUGGUCCCUAGUGGUCAUCUCAGUGACCCAUGAUGUCCCGGUGCAGUUUUGAUUUAGCAUGCUAGCCUAUCCUGUUUCAUAAGGUGAUUGCCUUGCUGCAAUAAAGCACUUUACAGUAGAACCACAUUAUUACGUCUUACAGGGAGCUGCACAGAACGGCUGUAAGAGCUUUGAAAAUGUCAUUAGUGAGAGAGCUGGCUGCAGAAAGACUGGGACUCGGCACAGGGACCAGGAUCACUCAAUGUAGCAACCAGGAGAACUUAACAAUGUUGAGCAGGGUUCCACUGCAUAAGUAAACUUUAACCACUCUCUGAUCACAUGUCACAGCUGAUAGCCUUGUCAGCAUGAUGCGGACAACUUGAAAAAGUACAUAGGAAAUGCAUACACGGCACGGUCAUGGGCGAUGAAGACGAAAUGAUCGGCUGUGGUCGAACGAGGAAAGCCUCAGGCCAAAGCUAUUCUUUCGAAAAAGGGACUUCAUCAGGCCAUAAAGAAAAGGGGUUUGAUAUUGCACCCUCUGGCUUUGUGUAUUGUAAACAUGCAUUGUUGCUUGUGUGUAACAUGCCAACAAUUAAUAGCUAAUGCCGCCGUCUUAGUCUAGUAACAGUAUCAUGCACGUGUGGAAUGUUACUUUCAUAGUCUAGCAACAAUAUCAUGCAUGCAUGGUUGCCUUGGAUUGUGCUGCGCCCCUUACCGGAUACGUAACAGCCUUUGCCAGAAUGAAGCACUGCUCUAUCUUGAAGUCUCUAGCCUCCCAUUUCUUCCACGUUGGUUUCCUUCGAUCGUCUGAUCGUUGGGCACACAUUAGGCUUAUACAGCAGGAGGUUCAUCAGGACUUGUCUUCAUCAGGAACUGAUGCAAACAGGUCCGCAUGUUGAAACGUUGGCUAUAGCCUGAGGCUUUCCCCGUUUGGCCAUUGUUUAAGGCUGUGUAAGACAUUGUCUGUUGAUAAGAGCAGCCAUGUGGCCACUUCUGCUUCGUGCAGUAAUUUUAUUACGUCUGGUACAGCUUACUGAUUGUGUUGAAAUGACCGUUGCAGGGCCCCUUUAAUUAUGGCAUGAAGUGGCGUGCCUGAAAAGCAUGCCAUUUUAACAAGUGUUUCUACUGAGCAACCUGCCUUUGUAAGUGUUAAGAGCGGGCACUUUGUCGUUAGUUAUUACUUGGUGCUGAUAACACUUGUGGGCGUGCGCUGUGGCAGAGGGAGGAAAAAAAGAACCGCAGUGUGUUUUGCAGAUGAAAGAAAUUCUUUCUUUUUUUUGUAUCUUAUAAGGAGUUGCUCUCCAGUGUUCUUUAUUUUUAGAAAUUGAUGAGCUGGUAUAUAAAAUAUUCUUGUGUUCACGUGAUGGCUGGGGCUCAUCCGAGUGCCUCGUUAAUCUCCACAUUUUCCAGCACAUCACAUUAAGUGCAGCCAUUACUCUCAGUUCACUCUUACUGCUCUGUAUUUCAAGCUCUUGCAGCACUUUAUGAGUAAUAACGAGUGGAUUGAAAUAUUGUGUGUCAGUCUUGCUGUUAUGUGCCGAUGUGCAGGUACGUCACGACUUGCACACGUGCGCUAAAGAUUGUAUGUACAUAACUUUGUGUGUGAGAGCGUAUGCCGGUCUGCUAAACCUUGUCAAGAGGUCUUUGUUGGUCAUCCACGGCAUACUUUUACACUGCAGAAGACAACACGUAUAAGAAGAAAAGGCAACACGACUGCUGACCUUGAGAGAGAAAAACAAAAACAAAUUGAAAGUGUUUCGAAACCUCCAUUAGCAUGUCAAAACCGCGCCAUUUUUAUUGUUUAAUUGAAAAUUUGUUAAUACAUGUGCUUGAGUUUUUCAUGUGUCUUUCUGGUUCAUGUUUUCUGCACUGUAAAUGUGCAUUAUAAUCUACGAUUUAAAAAGAAGAAUGCCUGGAUGCCAACCACAUCGAAUGCUUUCGUGAUGUUUUGCCCAUGUUUUUAGUUUUUUUACUCUAGAAAAUGUUUUUGAAAGGUGUGCUUCUACUGUACGGAUUGUGCCAGCCAGUGUGAGCUUUCUGCGAGGCAGGGUAUUCCCAGAGUUUUACUACAGUGCUAAACUUUCCAGCAUAUCAAAACGCAAUGUCACUAUGCGUGUUAGUAUUUCAUACCUCAGAUCUUCUUGUUGGGCUAUGCGGGCUUUAAACAAAGUAAAAAUAAAUUGUAAUAAGCCUAGCCUUUGAACCAAUGCAUAAAAAGCUUUCUGGGCGGGGUAGAGCAGAGGAACCUAUUUCCAGAUUUGAAAAUUAAUUCUCACAUGCCAAAAGUUGAAAGCUCACCUACGUUGAUCAUGUUGGAAAAUACUAGUGUUUAAUGCUAAAGGUGUUUUGCAACAAUUUGACGAUAAAUGAUGUUCCAGGAUUCCCAUGCAGCAUUGCAUAAAAUAGGUCAGGAUAAGGGACAAGCUUUAAGUAAGAGUAAUUAUGGGAGAAAGGGCAAUGAAAAGCCAUAAUUUGCUUGAUUUAUAGCUUCCUAUUCUGUUAGUAAAGAAAAAAUAUUCUGUUUCAUGUAAUUUCAAUGUAACACAAUAUGAUCAUAUGGUGUCUACCAAAUUCUCUGUGACCAUGUUUGCUUGUGCCAGAGUGAAGGUAGCGACUUAUCCAAAGUUUCCUAAAGCGUUUCCUCUCCUCACAUAAUUAUUGUGCUCUAAGUGGUUUAUAUUUGCCAUUAUUUCAUUAUUAUAAAAGUGCUUCACUAAAUAUUUUGCAGAAUAUUUCCCUUUUUUUUACCUUGAGAGUCUCCUACUUAGCUUCAUUGGAAAGUCAAUUGGUAAUUUUUAGACUUGCAUCACAAAUAUAAAUCAGUGGAGUACAUCGCUUUCUAUUUGUCAGAUCAAUAUUCGAGAUUGUGGGCAAACUACUGAUGGACAUUGGCAACAACUGCACACAUCAUAAAAGAUUCCCCCCGGUGGUGCUAAUGUAAACAUUUCUUUACGUUUUGACACUGUGAAGCUGUUGAGAUUGUAUUGUGUCGAGGUGUGCCAGUAAGUGUUGGUUGGAAUUAGGAGCAUGCAAUGUUCCAGGUUCGAGGGUGCUAACGACUGGAUGGUAUUAUGACACUAUCAAUGAGAAUUCACAAUGCUUUGUGUCAUUUGCCAAGUUCCUGUCUCUUCAGACGCAAUUUUGAACAGAAGGCAUGUAGUGGCACAAGAAAAAAAAAUGCAAAAAACAAUUUCUCUACUCUCCCCCGCCACCCACAUUCUGAACUGUAUGUCUGCGUCCCAAAGUGAAAUCCUGGUAUUAGUGACAGGUGCACAGGCUUGUCACAUACUACCAAUAGUAUAUAUAAAUAUAUACAAAUAUGUGUAUCUAUAUAUAUAUAAAUAUAUUGUGUAUACUCCCCAAGCCUACACCCAAACAGGACAUGUAUGAGCCCUGUCUGCAGUGGUUUCUGGUUGACCUUCAAGUAGUGAACAAUGAAUGACUAGUCAUUGCCUCUUCCAAACUGUAGCUUUAAUAUCUGUUUCUUAACACAGAUAUAUGCUGUCCUCUCUUUCCCUCCCCCUCCCCUUAUUUCUUUGCUCUGCUGUAGCCUCUUUAAGCGAAUAAAUUUAAAUUUUGCCAUUUUUA